GUUACAGCCCACGCUCCUCCGCGUCACAGAGCGGUGUGUUCGAGCCCCGGAGCCGCAACAACCGCGCGCGACCGUACAGCGUUCGGUCGGGCCACCGAAGCUUCUGGCGGCAGGGAUCCCGUUCUGCCCGCGACAGCUGCGCGCCGAGGUCACGUGGACGCUUUAAGACUGCGCCCGACGAGCGCGUUGCUCGCCGAAGCAGCUAGCUUUUCGCUCGCCGUCACACGUGGAUCGCAACUCGCGCGCUGCAGAUGUGUGUUUGACGCUCCCGGAGUACCAGGCGAGCGACAGACUCUCCAGCUGCCCGCGGUCCGUGAACUGCCGUGACUGUGCUCUCCGUUUGUGGUGGGGAGGUGAUGGUGCUACCCAGUGCACCCGUGCCGGCGGCGCUGCUCGGAUGACUCCCGAAAUCCUGGUGUGGGUGAUUGCGGGGAGCAGCGUCGCCGGGCUCAUCGUCGUCUCUCUCGUCGUGUGGCUGGUGGUGGCUCAGGUGAGGGGAACCAAGGGAAUCUGCAGGAAGUCCGGCCAGGGAGACUCGAGGCCGCCGCUGCUUGGACACGACCGCAAAUCCAUCCUUUCCAAGUCGCUGGCCGGAUCCCCGCUGUCGGCCCGUCCCGGCGACAAGUGCCCCGACUGGGUGCCUUCGGUGCCGACUCUGCUCACCCCCGAAUCCUUCAACGUACAGUCGGCCAGCCUGACCGCCGCCGAGCCGGUACAGCCCAUCGACAAGCCGGGCUUCGUGCGCUGGAACUCAUUCUGCUCCCCUUCCGCCGAGGGCCUGGUCGGGAACCUGCUACCCCGGAGUUACAGCUGCGGCUACACCUGGUCUGACGAUGAAGACACACCCACUGCACCGCCAAGCGUCCAUGGAAGACUGUGGUUCAGCUUGACCUACAGGAGCGAUGACCAAGAACUGGACGUCAACGUCAUCAAGGCCAAGUACCUUCCAGGAAGAGGGCUGAACAACGCUCCCCGAGACCCGUUUGUUCGAGUCUACCUCCUCCCAGAUGAUGACACCUUCCGGCAGACCGAAGUGAAACGGCGCACGCUAUCACCCAAGUUCGAGGAAACCGUUACAUUUAAGAUUGAGGAGGCCGAGGUGCGGCGGCGGACGCUCCGGCUGUCGGUGUACGACAUCGACCGGAGGAAGGUGAGGCACUGCCUGGGUCACGUGAUGCUCAAUCUCGAGAAGGAGCCCCUGACGCCCGAAAAAGUCAUCUGGAUGGAGCUCGACAACGUGCCAAAGAAAAGUUCUCAGAUCGGAGAGAUCCAGAUAUCCCUGACGUGCAACCCUUUCACCAACCGCAUCAAGGCGGCGGCGCUUCAAGUUCGGAGGUUCUCAAGACUCGAGGAAAAUAGCACAAGCGUUUACGUGAAGCUGUCGUUAAACCACGGCCGCAAGAGCGUCAAGGAGAAGGCGACGGAGGUGCGCGAGUGGAGAUCGGCCGACGAGGUCUCCUUCACCGACGUGUUCAGCUUCGGCGUGGCGGGCCGCUACUUCGACUCGUGCAGUCUCUGCUUUACCGUCAUGGUGUCUCCCGACGGCUCCGACUACAGCCGCCUGGGAAAGACCGUCCUGGGACCCUUCAUGUACGCCCGCGGCGAGGAGCUGCGCCACUGGCAGGACAUGCUGACGAACCCCAGAAGCGCGGUGGUACGCUGGCACGCGCUCGAGGUCCCAACUGGCAGAGACGAGUGGAAGAGCGACUGACCGUCGUCCGCCCUCGUGGACAUCGAAGACCACCAGAGGCGUGGCUCCGUGGCGCGUGCGUCGGACUCACCAACCCGACUCGAAAAGCCCAAUUGUCUCGAUCGUCGAACUAAACUGAUGUCCAUAACAUUUGUCCUGGCGGACACUUGUCUGAGCUGCGUCGUGAAGCCGCCUGUCGAACUAAACGAGAGUGGAGGGGUGUGGCUCCAGCUUUUGUUUUGCUCGAGAUAUGUUUUGUGGUCACGAUUGCCCCUAUUUAUCCACCUCCUCGGUAUAAGCGCGCGCGCCUGGAGGUCCUGGAGUCGGUGGGAUCGCAUGGUCACAAACGCUUGAGUACAGCUAAGUGUUGCCCA